CAGCUCUCACAGCCUCAUUGGAACCAUUUGGCUGCCCUCGAGGUAGCCAUGUGACUAAUUGGCAUUAUAUGAACUGUGAUGACAAGCCUGGAUUCCAGGAAUAGAGCCUGCAGCAGGGCUGGCACUGAAGUCAUGCUGGGAAGCAUCACCCCGUGUCCCCUGGGAUUUGACCUCCUGCAGUUUGCCAUUUGCUGUGGCGGGGUUAAAGCUGGUGCACAUGAAGCCGAGAAGCUGCGGUUCCCUGAUGGCCAAGUGGCCCCCAAGGGAAUGUGCAGACAUGCUUCAUAAAGACAGCUGCCUCCCUAGCUGAACAGAUACUGCCUGCUGCCUGUGCUACCUCUUUGAUGGCUCCUUGUCCUUUACAGUGAAGACUUCUGGUGUCAGCGGCUCCCCUGCUAGCAGGAAUUGGGAAGGAAAGUGGAAAACUCCUAGGGCCUGUCCAGUACAUUAUGUCAACUGUCAAUGACACCAAAUUCCAAUUUGCAGUGUUCCUUCUGACGGGGCUACAUGGGCAGGAAGAUUUCCAUCUCUGGAUCUCUAUCCCCUUCUGCUUCAUGUAUGUUAUUUCGAUAGUAGGAAAUUCACUCAUUCUGUUCAUUAUAAAAACAGAUCCAAGCCUCCAUGAGCCCAUGUACAUUUUCCUUUCCAUGUUGGCCAUCACAGAGCUUGGCAUAUCGAUAACCACUAUGCCAACGAUACUGGGCAUAUUCUUGUUUAAUUCUAGGGAGAUCAGCCUUGAUGCCUGUUUUGCCCAGCUCUUCUUCAUCCACUCGCUUCAAUGCAUUGAAUCCUCUGUGCUCUUGUUGAUGGCCUUUGACCGCUUCAUCGCUAUCUGUAACCCACUGAGAUAUGCUUCCAUCUUAACCCUGCCAAGAAUACCUAAGAUGGGACUGGUGUGUGUGCUAAGAGGUGUGGCUAUAAUACUUCCACUGCCCUUGUUCCUGGAUCGUUUCCAAUACUGUCAAGCCAACAUCCUCUCCCAUUCGUACUGCCUCUUCCAGGAGGUCAUGAAGAUGGCUUGUUCGGAUAUCAGUGUCAACAGCAUCUAUGGAUUGUUUGCUAAAUUCUUAACGAUGGGGUUGGACUCGCUGCUCAUCUUCCUUUCUUAUGUGAUGAUCCUCAAAACAGUGCUUAGCAUCGUGUCCCAGGCAGAGUGCCUCAGGGCCCUGAACACCUGCGUUUCCCACCUCUGCGCCGUCCUGCUCUUCUACACACCAGAGAUCGGCCUGUCUGUGAUACACAGAUUUGGGAAGAAAUCAUCUCCCUUCCUUCAGAUUCUCCUGGGCUACAUCUCUCUGCUGGUCCCUCCCCUGAUUAAUCCAAUCGUGUACAGCUUGAAAAGCAAACACCUUCGUGCGAAGAUAAUCAGGAUGUUCAUCAAGUGAAGGGUCAAUUCAGAGACAUGAUUAAUGCAGAAUCCCAAGAAGUAUCCAUCCAAGCAGCUGAUCCCUCUGUACAUAGUACCCCUGCUCAGCCCACUCCCCACUGCGGCAGGGUAGAGCUGCGUGUGAGUGAGGGUCUGACACACAGGAGUCCUGGCAAGACACUCAGGCUUAGGUUCCCUCCUCGCCCCCUCUGUUUGUACUUCAACAAGGGGCAUACUUCCAGGGCCGGAUGCAAGGAAGUUUCGUGCCCUAGGCGAAACUUCCACCUUGCACCACCCCCA